AUGGUUAAACGUUCAUUUUAUGAAGAUGAUGAAUAUAUAAUAAACAAACCAGGCACCACAACUGCCAUUACACCAGAAUUGGCUGAACAAGAAUCGGUUCAUGGUCAAGCAACUUUUAUUGAUGGGAUGGUGAUUAGAUCAACACCAAUUUUAGAAAAAUAUGCCAAUUCAAUAAGACAUUAUUUACACGAUAAAUUAUCAAUUUGGACUGCUGAAUUAAAUACUCAAACCCUGGCUUUUAAAAAUGAAUUAACUACAAUAAAUUCCGAAAUCAAUUCUUUAAUAUAUGAACCAGUCUUACCUAAUUUGAUUUAUAUUUUAACUUUGACUUUAACUGGGAGUAUUUUUGUUAGACAAAGAAAUAUUGGUAUUAGAUUUAUUACUCCUAUAUUAUUUGGUGGAUUAAGUUUAAAAUAUUUCAUGCCGAGAACAUUUGAAGCUAUUAGUGAAAAAUAUGAUAAUGUGGAAAAAGAAAACUUACCUCAAUUAUAUGAGCAAAGACAAGAAUUACAAAGAACUUUGAAAAAUUGGGGCAAUGAUGUCGAUCAAGGGUUAGAACAAGCUCAAGUGGGUGUUUAUCAAGCAGUUCAUGAUUUUAGAAAAUUGGUAAAAGAAAAAUGGGAAUAA